AUGAUGGGGAAGGUGAUUGGGGAGGGAGUGUUGAUUGUGCUGGUUUUGAUGAUAGUGAGUGAAAAUGUUGAGGCUCAACCUAAGUCAAUUCUUAUCAACUGUGGUUCAAAUUCUUCUGUGAAUGUUGAUGGUAGGAGAUGGAUUGGGGAUAUGGGUUCUAAUAACAAUGUUACCCUUAAUUCUCCUGGUGUUGUUGCUUCUACUGAUACAUUAAGUGGGAAUUCAAUCUAUGAGCCGCUUUAUCGAAUGGCGAGAGUUUUUACGGCUUCUUUGAAUUACACAAUCAGAGGAGUUCAGGGAAAGUAUUUUGUUAGGUUUCAUUUAUGUCCCUUUGAGAUUGUGGACCACAAUGUGAAUGAGUCCUCGUUUGGUGUUGUUGUCAAUGGUAUGAAACUUUUGUCGGAGUUUAAUGUUGCGGGCAAGAUAUCCGAAAAGAAUGUGAACUUGCAGAAUUCAGGAAAGAAUUCGAGUUUGUUCUUUAUGGUUAAGGAGUAUAUUCUUGAUGUCAAUGAUGGUUUGCUUCUGAUUGAGUUUGUUCCGAGUAGAAACUCGUUUGGCUUCAUCAAUGCCAUUGAGAUUGUUCCGGUUGUUGGCGAGCUUUUUGAUGGCUCGGUCGGUAAGGUUGGUGGUGGAAACUUGAAUUUGGCUGGACAUGGGAUGGAGACCAUGUAUAGGUUAAAUGUUGGUGGUCCUGAGAUUCGAUCCAAUGAGGAUCCUGAUCUUCGGAGAAUUUGGGAAGUUGAUUCUAGCUAUAUGAUCACGGAAAAUGCCGGAGUAGGAAUGAAGAACAGCUCUAAUAUUACAUAUGCUUCUGUGAAUGAUACUUCAGUAGCUCCUCUCCUUGUGUAUGAAACUGCAAGGGCAAUGUCCAACACUGAAGUCUUAGACAAGAGAUUUAACAUGUCAUGGAAAUUCGAAGUAGAUCCUGAUUUUGAUUACGUUGUCCGGUUACAUUUCUGCGAGCUGAUGUAUGAUAAGUCAAACGAGAGAGUGUUCAGGAUCUACAUAAACAACAGGACAGCUGCGGAUAAUCUCGAUAUUUUUGUUCGAGCAGGAGGGAAGAAUAAAGCGUAUCACCAAGAUCAUUAUGAUUCCGCGUCGAUGAGGAUGGGCACGCUUUGGGUUCAACUAGGUCCUGAUACCGCUGCUGGUGCUGCAGGAACUGAUGCUCUCUUGAAUGGUCUCGAGAUUUUCAAGCUUAGUCGGAAUGGGAAUCUUGCCUAUGUGGAGAGAUACAACUCAGCUGGGAAUUCGGGAAGCAAAUCAAAAUCUAAAGUUCUUUGGAUUGGAGUUGGAGCAGGUAUAGCUUCUGUGGCUAUAAUUGCGUGUAUAGGUGUCUUUGUUUUCUGUUUCUGCAAAACGAGAAAAGAAUCAAGUGAUACCAAAAACAACUCUCCUGGUUGGCUACCGAUAUUCCUUUACGGAGGGGCUGCUGUAAACAGCACUGUAGGUGUCAAGGCAUCAAAUGGAAAUCAGAAGUUAUAUGGAUCUGUGGCCUCAACCGGAGCUGGUAAGCGGUUCACAUUAGCUGAAAUCAACGCUGCAACGAAGAGUUUCGACGAGAGUUUGGUCAUUGGAGUUGGAGGCUUUGGCAAGGUGUAUAAGGGAGAAAUUGACGAUGGUGUGCCUGCUGCAAUUAAGCGUGCCAAUCCGCAGUCCGAACAAGGUCUAGCUGAAUUCGAGACCGAAAUAGAGAUGCUCUCAAAACUAAGACACCGGCAUUUAGUGUCUUUGAUUGGUUUCUGUGAGGAGAAAAGUGAAAUGAUUUUGGUUUAUGAGUACAUGGCAAAUGGAACUCUAAGAAGUCAUCUAUUUGGAAGUAAUCUCCCUCCACUAACAUGGAAGCAGCGCCUCGAAGCUUGUAUAGGUGCUGCAAGGGGACUUCACUACCUUCACACGGGAGCCGACCGAGGAAUAAUUCACCGAGAUGUCAAAACAACCAACAUACUGUUGGACGAGAAUUUUGUAGCGAAAAUGGCUGAUUUCGGUUUAUCAAAAGACGGUCCUGCUUUUGAACACACCCAUGUUAGCACUGCUGUGAAAGGAAGUUUCGGCUAUCUCGAUCCAGAGUAUUUCAGAAGACAACAGUUAACCGAGAAAUCAGAUAUUUACUCUUUCGGAGUUGUUCUGUUUGAAGCUGUUUGUGCUAGAGCUGUGAUAAACCCUACCUUGCCUAAAGACCAAAUCAAUCUUGCAGAAUGGGCAUUGAGAUGGCAAAGAGAAAGAUCGCUCGAAAAAAUCAUCGAUCCACAUCUCGAAGGAAAUUAUUGCCCCGAAUCAUUGUCUAAGUUCGGGGAGAUAGCUGAAAAAUGUCUCGCCGAUGAUGGUAAAAGCCGACCUACCAUGGGAGAGGUGUUAUGGCACUUGGAAUAUGUGUUACAGCUACAUGAAGCUUGGCUCAACAUGGACAACAACAAUAACAAUAGCACAGAAAAUUCCUUCUCUAGAAUUGAAGUUGGGAAAGAGCAUUCAAAUCAAGAUGAAGAAGCAUGA